AUGUCCAACAAAUACCAAAGACUUGCCGGUUACCGAGUCCACCAGAAGAAACAGAUCAUUUUGGCGACUCCUACCAAUCUCAACGCCGUCAAUAACAUCUUGGACAUCCCUGAAUCCAGACCUUGCAAACUCCAACCUGGUAACAGCCUGGUCUGCAAAGCCCCUCGCCUGUCUUUGAAAUACGACAAUCUACUCUACAUGAUGUUUUCCUGUGCGGCAUCCCACCUGCUCCACGCCCAACCAGAAGAUGCAGAACUCAACGCCGCGGCCGAGGUCUACCGAGGCCUCGCCCUGGGCGAGCAACACCAGGUCGUGUCGAAUCUGAGCAGUGAGAACGCCUACGCGGUCUGUUUCGCCUCCAUGUUACUCCUCAUCACCUCUGUCGCCAGACUCUGGAGGCGCCCACUGGAACCUUACUCACCACCGAUGGAAUACCAGCGCCUGGGGACUGGGGCAGGAACCGUGCUGAAAUUGGCGAAGGACAUUUUCAAACAAGACCCGUCUUCGAAAAUGAUGCUCUUGAUCAAUGCUCCGCCAGUGUUCGAUGUCAAAGUCCUCUUUGCCAAGGAAAAAAUCCAACCCUUCUCGAGAGUGCUGGAGCAUGAGAAAAGCCAGCACCCAGAUCCAGGUUACGACCCAGCGAGGCUCGAGGUGUUAGAGAAGUUGCUCAGCUACAAUGGCUACCUGUACCAGUCCGUCGACGAGGACGAGCCUGUCUACAUCGUCGCUCGCAAGAUCAUCUCCUUUGCCAUUUUCGUCCCUCGGCCGUUUAUCGAGUUGGUGGAAGAGGAGCGCCCAUGUGCGCUCGUGAUUCUGGCGCACUAUUUUGCGCUGAUGGCGCGCUUCCCGUCGAUUUGGUGGGUGGGGAAGACCCCCAGGCGCGAGAUCCAGGCAAUCCACGAUACGGUGUCGCCCGUGUGGCAGGACCAGAUGAAGUGGCCGAUGAUGAUGGCUGGGUUAGCGCUGUCCUGA